AUGUGCUUCCGGUUAAGAAAGUGUUAACAGCAUGCCUGUUAAAUGUGCUAUUUGUGAUGGUUCGGCGAUAUUGAAGAGGCCGAAAACGGGUGAUGCGCUGUGUAAGAACUGUUUCUACUAUGCCUUUGAGGAGGAGGUUCACAAGACCAUCAUCGAUGCCAGAUUGUUCACUCAUGGGGAGACGGUUGCGAUAGGGGCCUCAGGGGGCAAAGAUUCCACUGUGCUGGCAUAUGUGAUGAAAGAGCUGAAUGACCGGUAUAACUACGGCCUUGACCUUGUCUUGCUGUCGGUGGACGAGGGGAUCACAGGUUACAGAGAUGACUCCUUAGAGACAGUGAAGAGAAACCAGAUGCAGUAUGACCUUCCCCUGAAGAUUGUAUCUUAUGAGGAGCUAUAUGGCUGGACAAUGGAUGCCAUUGUACAACAGAUAGGACUGAAAAACAACUGUACAUUUUGUGGAGUGUUUCGGAGGCAGGCACUGGACAGGGGAGCCAUGAUGCUGAAGGUGAACAAGAUUGUCACAGGACACAAUGCAGAUGAUAUUGCAGAAACGGUUGUCAUGAAUGUAUUGAGGGGAGAUAUAGGUCGACUCAGGAGGUGUACUGCCAUCACCACGGGUGCUGAGGGCUCUCUACCCAGGUGUAAGCCUUUCAAGUACACAUAUGAAAAGGAAAUAGUCAUGUAUGCUUACUUUAAAAAGUUGGACUAUUUCUCAACGGAAUGUAUUUAUUCUCCAAAUGCAUACAGAGGAUUUGCUCGUGCUUAUAUCAAAGAUGUAGAGAAGAUCAGGCCAAGUGCUAUAAUAGAUAUUAUUCACUCUGGAGAAAGCCUGUCUGUGAAGACUACAGUGAAGAUGCCAGUACAAGGAAACUGUGAGCGGUGUGGCUACAUCUCCAGUAACGCUAUCUGUAAGGCAUGUGUGUUGUUGGAGGGACUCAACAGAGGCCUGCCCAGGCUUGGAAUAGGAAAAACCCACAAAGAAAGGAGAAAGAUAGAGGAACUAAGUAAGGAAGGAAAUGUGAAUCCUCCCCAGUCAGGAGCUGCAGAGAGACAGCCUACAUCUAUACAGACCCCAGUGUUAGCAAUGGAGUCUCUCAGCCUUGACAGGAGGAAACCAGACGUGUCUAAACUCGACUUCUGAUUUAAUACUCUACCCGACAAUAAAUUAUUAACAGUU